CCUGCGGGUUGACAGCAACAGCCGUGUGUUUUAUAUGAACGCAAUCUGACUGUCGGUGAUCUUUCUCGGUGUUCGACCUUCCUGAGGAUCACAGCAGCUCAACGAACCCUUUAUUUCACACUUUACCGGCAUGUGACACCUGCAUGUGACAGCAGGACUUCAUAUUGUCAAACUUUAUCUACAACUGGUGUUUGUGGAGGAAGAGGUGGAUAGCUCUCCAUGUGCUACCACUCGAUGAUAGGACAUGGCUGGACAGAGACUGAGCACUAAAUAUCACCCCUGCUCUGCGGUGGACGGCCUGUGUUCACUACCCUCUGGAUCAUUUGCUAUCAGGUUGAUCAUGUAAUCCAUCUUGCAUUUUACGGUGAGCAGAAUCAAAUCAAAGUCAGCCACAGGUUUUUUUUGGAGUCAUCCAUCAUUCUGGGAGUGUACAAGGUGAGCUCAUGCGAAACAUUAAACAACCCCGGCCUGUGUAGGUAGAUCUUCUGGUCUUUGCUUUGAUAUUUCAAGGCCAGUGAAACUCUAUCCUAGGCUCAUAUUCAUUGUUGAUGAUGUGUUAAAGCUAGGGAUACUGAGACCGUCUUUAGUUGCGAUGGCCGCUGCCUCCUCUCCUCAAAAGGAUCAGCCCCUCCUCCAGCUCAAGGAAGUGGACUCCAGUCGAAUUGGCUGUCGGGUCCUUCCUCCGGUCCUCAGCUCCUCCUCUCCUGGCUUUUCCCUGGAAACCGGCCAGCCGAUCUGCAUCCCAUCCCCUUACACCGACCUCAGCCACGACUUCACCACCAUACCUUUCUACAGUCCAAAAAUCUUCACUUAUGCAAGUCCGGGGAUUUCAGACUGCAGCUCCGUCCAUCGGUCACUAAGUCCCUCCUUAUUCUGGCCCAGCCACGGCCACGUGGGGCCACCAAUACCCCUGCACCACUCCCAGACUCGGCCUCAGCACGGGCAGCCAAUCCAGGGUCCAUGGGUGGAGCUGUCGCAGCGGGACAGUGUUUUGACAAACAGUAAGAGUGUGAGGAGGCGUUCUCAGGAGAGCGAGGAAGCCGUGGUGUCAUCCGGCGGGAAGGCUGACCUCCACUACUGUGCCGUGUGUCACGACUACGCCUCAGGCUACCACUACGGCGUCUGGUCGUGUGAGGGCUGUAAGGCCUUCUUCAAGAGGAGCAUCCAAGGACACAAUGACUACAUUUGUCCAGCAACUAAUCAAUGCACUAUAGACAAGAACCGCCGCAAGAGCUGCCAGGCGUGUCGCCUUCGCAAAUGCUGUGAAGUUGGCAUGACCAAGUGUGGUAUGCGAAAGGAGCGUGGAAACUACAGGAACCCCCAGGCGAGGAGAGUGACCCGUCUGUCCUCAGAGGGCAAAACCAACGGACCAAAGACGCUGGCCGGACCAGCGGUCAGUUCGUUAAACGGGCCCCUCCCUCCUGCACUGACCCCAGCACAGCUGAUUGGGCGGAUAAUGGAGGCGGAGCCGCCAGAGAUCUACCUCAUGAAGGACAUGAGGAGGCCGCUGACUGAAGCAAACGUCAUGAUGUCGCUCACCAACCUGGCUGAUAAAGAGCUGGUUCACAUGAUAAGCUGGGCCAAGAAGAUUCCAGGGUUUGUAGAGCUCAGCCUCUUGGACCAGGUGCACCUGCUGGAGUGCUGCUGGCUGGAGGUGCUGAUGAUUGGACUGAUGUGGAGGUCAGUGGACCAUCCGGGGAAACUUAUCUUCUCCCCUGACCUCAGUCUUAGCAGAGAUGAGGGGAACUGUGUCCAGGGCCUCUCAGAGAUCUUUGAUAUGCUGAUAGCUGCCACGUCCCGGGUGAGAGAACUCAAGCUCCAGAGAGAGGAGUACGUCUGCCUCAAGGCCAUGAUCCUCCUUAACUCCAACAUGUGCCUCAGCUCGUCAGAGGGCAGCGAGGAGCUGCAGAGUCGCUCCAAGCUGCUGCAUCUUCUGGACGCUGUGACGGACGCUUUGGUGUGGGCCAUCGCCAAAACGGGCCUCACCUUCCGCCAACAGUACACCCGCCUCGCCCACCUGCUCAUGCUGCUCUCACACAUCCGCCAUGCCAGCAAUAAAGGCAUGGACCACCUCCACUGCAUGAAAAUGAAGAACAUGGUGCCUUUGUAUGACCUGUUGCUGGAGAUGUUGGAUGCCCACAUCAUGCAUGGCUCCCGUCUGCCCCGCCGGUCUCCCCAGCAGGAGCUCGGGGACCAGACAGAGGUUCCCGCUCGGCCACACAGCUCCAGUAGCGGCCCCACAAAUACCUGGACUCCCAGCAGCCCUGCGAGUGGAGGUGAACUGAAGUAGUUGCAUGCAAUGGGUUUUCACCGCUUUGCACAAAAGUAGUUCACAAGACUGAUGAGACUUGUUGCUGGAACAAUUGGGUGAAUUCUGUGAACUUUUAAAGGUAAAACUAAAGCUUUGUGCACUGUGCACUAAUUCUAGUGAACUUUUGAAUCUUAGAAUGUUUCUCUGCAGACAGGCCAAACUCUCAGUAUUCAUAGCUUUAUCAGUAAAAAUUGAAAAGCCAGAGUGGAAACAAAUUGUUGACAUCAUUUGGCCAGUAGCACCAGUUGUUGCUUAAACGUUCAUGUAAUAUGUUACUGCCAUGAUUCUCUUGAGCUGAGAAGCUAAUUUCAUAUCAGAUCGUAUUCAUAUAUUCAUCGUCAAUGUCUGGUAUUAUUUUGGAGGUCCAACAGAGAAAACUGUGUAAAUAAUGACUGAAAAGAUAUGCACAACCCCUGUUAGAUAUAGAUGGACUUGGGUGAUACGAUGAUAUAUAAAGAGACAAUAUAAUGAAUUGUCAUCCAUCUACUAUCGAGGUAGCUGUUUAUUUAAUA